CGUCUGCGCAGGCGCCGGAGACCCGCGGGGGCCCUCUGGGUAAAAGAUGGACGUCCACGAUCUCUUUCGCCGGCUCGGAACCGGGGCCAAAUUUGACGUGAGACGCUUCUCGGCAGAUGCAGCUAGAUUCCAGAUAGGAAAAAGGAAGUAUGACUUUGAUUCUUCAGAGGUGCUGCAGGGACUGGACUUUUUUGGAAGCAAGAAGUCUUUCCCAGGUGAGUGUGGAGCAUCACAAACACAUCAGGAGCUCCAAAAUGAAGAGAAAAAAGAAGAGAGCCUAACUGAAGGAAAGAGGGAGAAAAACAGGAAAAAGAGGAAGAAAGUAACUUCAGAAAUUUUUUCUGAAGAAGAAGGUACUACCAUACAGUGGAUGUCAUCUGUGAAUGCAAAGAUUGAAGAUAAAAAAGUGAAAGGAGAAAAUAAACUAACUUCAGAAAAAUUGGAGCAUCUCAGAAAGGAAAAGAUAAACUUCUUCCGGAAUAAGCACAAAAUUCACAUCCAAGGAACUGAUCUUCCGGACCCAAUUACUACAUUUCAGCAACUUGAUCAGGAAUAUAAAAUUAAUUCUCGGCUGCUUCAAAAUAUUGUAGAUUCAGGCUUCCAAAUGCCUACACCAAUCCAAAUGCAAGCUAUUCCAGUUAUGUUGCAUGGUCGGGAACUUCUGGCUUCUGCUCCUACUGGAUCUGGAAAAACUUUGGCUUUUAGUAUUCCUAUUUUAAUGCAGCUAAAACAACCUGCAAAUAAAGGCUUCAGAGCCCUGAUUAUAUCACCAACACGAGAACUGGCCAGCCAGAUUCACCGAGAGUUAAUAAAAGUCUCUGAGGGAACAGGAUUCAGGAUACACAUGAUCCACAAAGCGGCAGUUGCAGCCAAGAAAUUUGGACCUAAAUCAUCUAAAAAAUUUGAUAUUCUUGUGACUACUCCAAAUCGACUGAUUUAUUUACUAAAGCAAGAUCCACCAGGAAUAGACCUAACGAGUGUUGAAUGGCUGGUAGUAGAUGAGUCAGACAAACUAUUUGAAGAUGGCAAAACUGGGUUCAGAGACCAGCUGGCUUCCAUUUUUCUGGCCUGCACAUCUCCCAAGGUCAGAAGAGCUAUGUUCAGUGCAACUUUUGCCUAUGAUGUUGAACAGUGGUGCAAACUCAACCUGGACAAUGUCAUUACUGUAUCCAUUGGAGCAAGGUAUUUGAUUGGUUUCAAUCCACCUGUUCUUGUUUUUGUUCAGUCCAUCGAAAGAGCCAAAGAACUUUUUCACGAGCUCAUAUAUGAAGGUAUUAAUGUGGAUGUUAUUCAUGCAGAGAGAACACAGCAACAGAGAGAUAACACAGUCCACAGCUUCAGAGCAGGAAAAAUCUGGGUUCUUAUUUGCACAGCUUUGCUAGCAAGAGGGAUUGAUUUCAAAGGUGUGAACUUGGUGAUCAACUAUGACUUCCCAACCAGCUCAGUGGAAUAUAUUCACAGGAUAGGUCGAACUGGAAGAGCAGGGCAUAAAGGAAAAGCUAUUACAUUUUUCACUGAAGAUGAUAAACCAUUAUUAAGAAGUGUCGCCAAUGUUAUACAACAGGCUGGGUGUCCUGUACCAGAAUACAUAAAAGGAUUCCAAAAACUACUAAGCAAAGAAAAGAAAAGGAUGAUUAAGAAGCCAUUGGAAAGGGAGAGCAUUAGUACAACUCCAAAAUAUUUCUUGGAAAAAGCUAAGGAUAAACGGAAAAAGGUCAGUAGUCAGACUAGCAAGAAGAAAGUAGCUCUUGAAGAUAGACAUUAAAAACAGACUUUUUAAAAGAUUACCCCAGAAACGUAAUUUUACGAUCCCAGCGUGAAAGUUAAUUGUCGUGGAUUAUUUCAAGUCUGACAGUCCACUUAUACCAAACAUUUGAAUCAACUACAAGCACAUGGGACUGGUAAAGAAUGAUUCUAAACUAUCAGUGCAUCAUGUCAAAUUUCAAUCUAUAGGUGACUUUUAAAUUAAUUAUACAAUGGAAGUAACAUUCAUUGACAUUUCUGUGAUUUGGAUCCAGAGAGAUACUUCUUAUAGAAGAACAAAAGCUUAUGCUAAAAAUAACAACACCCAAAUGUGGUGAACUCUUAAGGAUUUUUCCCUUCAAGUAUGAAGGAAGAUGUGCUGUAUGCUGUGGAUUGGCAUCUGGGACAGAAUUUCAAAAUAAAGCCGUGGCAU